AUGAGCGACCACCCCGAGUUUGCAAAGUUCAAGAAGAUCCAACUUCUCACCAUUAAAAAUGCCCAGAAGGAAGGAUAUUUAGUCAAAAAGGGUGCAGAUUUUCACACAUGGAAGAAACGUUGGUUUGUGAUGAAAGACCACUACAUUUACUACUUCACCAAAAAUAGUCCAAACGCAGUACCAAAAGGUAUUAUUGAGAUCAACGAAAAAUCGACAGUUCAAUUACUUGAAGACUCCCGCAAACCAACCAUUUUAAUAAACUCUGUGCACCGCACACAAGAAAUCAACUCAGAAACCCUCGAAGAUGCUAAAAACUGGACUGAAGCGAUCAAACAACAAAUCGAGAAUUUUAAGAUCAACCCCCAGACAGACGAAAUAUAUUCCUUCGUUGAUAAGACAAACAUACCCGAGCAAAAACAGACAUACUGCCCUCCUCUGGACAAAGUUGAAAUUCCCGUCAUGCAGUGGCAAGAAGUCCAAACACGUUUGACCGAAGAGAAAAAUUGCGAUAGUAAUAAAUUCAGAGAAUUACUUGUCUCUAUCGGAAAGAGCACUUGCGAACGAUACUUUUAUUCGAUAUGUGAGAUUAUAAUGGGUACGUGGAAAGACACGGAAAUCGGUGACUUUUGGUGGGACAACUUUUGUGAAGGUGACUUAAAAGACAUCGAAAUGUUUGCUGGAGGAAUUCAAGGGGAUAGUUCGAUCUGUGGGAUGGAACCUACCGAUAACCGGAGCACUGACAAAAAUGUUAUACAAGUGCAUAGUAAGACUAUAACAAGUGGGCAAAGUGAAAAACCGAGUCAACCAAAUAUACAAACCUCACAAAGCACAGAAAGACUGCAGACUCAAAGUGUCAUCCAAAUUGGACAAAAACCACAAAAUGAACAAACAGAAAAACAAAAGAGAAUUACACAGAAGCCAAGUGAGAGUCUGGGGACUGUCAUAUUCGUCUUGGGAAGAACAGAAAAUGGCGCUCAACGACUCGCAAAUAUCUACAACUACUUGAUCAACAAAUAUUGUUACUCAUGUUUCGAGGUAAGAAAGUGUAUCAUGCAAGCUAUUUCAGACUGGGGAAUAAAGACUAAUGAAGUCUUUUUCACCGUGCUCGUUGUCGACUUGAUCAAAAAUUGGAAGGCAGAAGAUGUCAUCGCAAUGAUUAAAGAAAUCAUCAUGUACACAGACAGAUAUGAAACUUACCAGUGGGAACAAUACCCUGAUCAUGUCAACAACUUCUUUUCUUUGUUUGUUCUUUUUACUUUAUUUAAUUAUAUUUAA